UUAUUUAACACUUAAUUGAUUUUUUUCAGUCAAAUAUUUUGUUAGCUUAUGUUAUAUAACAGCAAUUAUGAUAUUACAAAAAUUAUUAUGGGAAAUUUUUCUCCUUGCUUUACUCAAUAUUGUUACAAAGACUGAAGAAAAUUUGGUUACUGACUUUAGCACAUCACGUGGAUACGCCAACAUGAAGUUGAACGUUGCUGAUAUGAUCAAACAAGAUGAUAUGUGGAAACCAGGUGAACAGGUGCAAAACAUCGCAUUGGAAACAACAACAAUAAUGAUUAAGAAAAAAUUAAGAUUAUGUAAGAAGGAUUGGUUUGAGGCCGAAAAAAACAAACUGAAAUCGAUAAUUCAAUUUGUUGGACAGGAUAAUCGUCAAUUUGAACUCAAACCGUCCGCGAUGGAAAAGGUGAGUGCUGGAGACAUCAAUAAUGGUAUGUCUAACGAUGAAAGCCAGCCGACCGCGGUCAACCAAUGUUUGACAACCCAUUGCAGAACCACGGGGCCAGCGGUUACCAUGACCAAAAUAGGUGAUCAAACAAUUGACCCGAAUCUGACCAUGGGGCAUUUUGCACCGUUCACUCCACGGACUCGGACCGUAGGCUGGCGUGAUCUGAGGCCGACUACCGCCAGAUACUCGACUAAGAAGUGGAGAUGCUACGGUAAGAUAGAGGAUGAACCAGCAACCGACAAAGGGGCUACCGUUGGCACGUUAUGGCAGGUAUACACGUUAUCCACACGAAUGCCUAAGGCCCCAACAGCCAACAAUCCUAUCACCAAAGGAUUCUUGCGAAUGACGUCGACGGACAGAUGGAGGAUACGUUCCGCCGACAGAUGUACUAAAGCUCACAGAAGGGCGUAAGAUCCUAUUUUGCAAUCCUCGUUGCAUUACUACUUAAUUACCCUAGCCCACACUCCGGGCAAUUGGGUAAUGCUCUGUCGUGACAACUCCAUCGUACUAACCACUUGUUCCAAUCCCAGCCGACAGACAGAAUCGUGGUAAGGUCUUGAAUUAUCAAGAUAAAAACAAAUAAGAUAAUGAUGAAAUAAGAUAAUAACGAUACUUAAAAUAUUUAUCUAGAUAAUAGAUAAAAGAUGACCAAUGCUAGUCAUUUAAAUAGAAAACAGAUAAGGACUAGAGCUGGAGACUGAUAUAACACAAUAAAACUAUUACAAGUAUGGUGAAAACAAUCACGGUCUAUGUGUAAUAAUAAUAUAAAUACUAUUUAAUUUUUCACAGCUUACAUUUUAUUACAAUUCCUUAUUAAUCACGUUUUUAAAUUAUAAUCAUUUCAAAUAUUAAGGAAUAGCCAAUAGAAAAUGUUAUCUUGCAAUCGUUAUUUUAAUUUUUCGUAUUAU